AUGCAGCAGAAGCAGCAGCAGCAGCAGCAGCAGCAAACUGCUGCUCUAAGCAGAGUAGAGAAGAUACAGCACGAUCAGCAGCAGCGGCUGCAGCAGCUGCAGCAGCAGCAGCAACAAUAUGAAAGACAAGCAGCAGCAAUAGAAGCAAACCUACAACUUGCUGACGAUGCUUUGCUGCUGCUGCGUGCUGCUGUUGCUGCUGGGGCCUCAUGGGGGGAGCUGCGUAUACACCUGAAGGAGCAGCAGCGGCGGGGCCACCCCGUUGCCUCUCACAUACAUAAACUUUCGCUAGAGAGAAACGAAGUGCUGCUGCUGCUGCCAGCAGCAGCAGCAGCAGCAGCACCAGCAGCAGCAGGAGCAGCAGGAGCGGGGGAGGAGGACGACGACCAGCAGCAGCAGCAGCAGCAGCAGCAGCAGCAAAAAGCAGCAGCAACUCAAGGGCCCUAA